GAGCUACACUAACUCAAGAUGGCCUCAAAACAGACAAAAAACAAACCUGAUGCUGCAGAUCUAAAGAGUGAUUUAACAUCCGAGGAGAAGAAGACGAAGAAGGAGACGGAGAAGGAGAAGGAGUGUUAUGAUCCUGAAGACUCAACACUUAGAUUUGUUGAUCGGGAGGAUGAAAUGGAUUUUUUGUACAAUGACUACACGUCUCGCAGAGCGCUGAUGUCUUGUGGUCAUGCUGUCACUCCGAUGUCUCUCACCGACUGGUGUCGCAGGUUGUUGGAUCAGGGUGAGAGCAGAUUUAAAUGUGGUCAAACUCGCUGCAAUGUUGAAUGGUCCUACGAGGAGGUUCGUAAAAUGGCUCUUCUGACCCCUGAAGAAAUGAAGGAGUUUGAAAAGAAAAUGUUUAACAAUUCUAAGGAUGCCAAAUCAUGUCCUGGCUGCAAGUCUCGUGUGAUGAGAGCUGACCUGAAUGAUCUGAGUGUCCUCUGCUCAGUUUGCACAGCUGACAAAAAGGACUACAGAUUCUGCUGUCAGUGCAUGAGGGAAUGGAAAGGUCCAUUUCCACGUUCAGACCGCUGUGAAAAUGAUGGCUGCAUCAAUCAACCACUUGAAACACUGAGAAAGUGUCCAGAGAUCAUCUUUAAGGAAGUGAAGGAUGUCACUGGCUGUCCCUCCAUUCGUGCCUGUCCCACCUGUGGCCAACUGGUGGAACAUAACACAAAACUGUGUAAAAGCAUCAUCUGUGGCCGAUGUAAAGUGAAGUUCUGUUUUGUAUGUCUGAAUCUCUUUAAAGAGUGUGAGAAGACACCUUACAAGCCUUGCUCUAGUGGUGUCGCCCCCAGACAAACUUCUAUACCUGUGUGGAAGUGAAGAUAAUCUUAUCAAGACCAGAGUGUGUUUGUUUUAGAUUCAGUUGAUGUUUUUAUACAUUAUUUUUGUAUUUUCACUUUUUUCUGUCUUUGUAAUGACAAUCAUUAU